UACAGGUCCAAAUAAUUGCUGUACAUUAAUGCAUGGCUCCCAUACAAAUUCAUCAGGAAUAUGGAAUCCCAAAGGAAUUCCUCCCGGACCGCCCGCACUCGGCAAAUGACUUGACGAGUCCUCCUCCAGUUACAUCUUUUUUGCUCAUCCAAACCCAUUGAGAAACACUCAUACCUAAUACUUUCGCAAUGGUUGCUGCCAGGAAAUCGACGUCCAAUCGGAGAGAUGUCAAGCCAAACCCCCCGCCGGCUGCACGUCCCACGUCGGUUAAUGGAGGACCGGAUAUUAGAUCUACAUCCAAAGGAACAAUGAAAAGAUCACAUCUCUGCAUGGAAGCUUUACCUUCCGUGAACGCCGAAUCAUCUCUCAAAGUCGGACCUGCCAUCAAUAAGGCCCGUCGCGUCGUUGACGCAAACUCGACUAUUCAUCAAGGUCGAACGCCGAAGACGGCAGGAUCACACCCGGCCGUGUUAAACGCUAAUAACGCCGACAAAGCAGAUUCAAUAUCCAGCGCUUCACUCAGGUCGAUGAAAUUCAAAAAGAACCCACCUCGAGGGACUGAGAAAGCAGUAAAAUCGAUGAUGUCUGGAUCGUUGAGUCGCGUACCCGCUAGUCAUCAGAAUGAAUAUGCUACUUUCACCAAGAGGCAACCCGAAAUCAAAGAGAGUCAGAAGUCUAAUCAACACCAAGAUGAUGUUCUUGUCAAGAAGGAAGCAGAUACUGAAGAUGAUCAGAGGCCUAUCCGAGACAGAAAUCCCACUAUGGUCAAGAAGGAACCAGACACCGAAGAUAACAGCCAGGAGCUCGUUGAAAUGUCCAGAGAACAGUCGAUCAUCUGGGCGCGCGCGGUUGAAGCCGACAGAUCCGGAGACCAAGUGACUGCGACAGCGCUAUACAACAGAUUCCGUGCGCUGAUGGGGUACACGACGAUGAGGGCCAUUAAGCUUCCAUUACCCAACCCGUCCCCUGUGACGGUUUCGGGGCGGCCAACGAGUGGACGCACGAUGAUUGGACUCGAAAAAGCUGUCUCUCCGGAGAUGAUGCUGUUUACGCCAUUCUUUAAUCAGAAACUUAAAACCCUCAAAUCGCCGAUUCCGCUGACCAUCUUCAACCCCGAAUGGCGGAAAGCGGCGCUCUUGUACGAAGAGAAACAGCGGGAGGAAGAGGGGGACUUGAGCUCUUCUGAUGAAGCAGAAGGCUUUCUUACCUACUACGGCUACCCGUACCCGAACGAGUUCCUGCAAAGCUUCCGAGAGUGGACGCUCAACCACAUGGACUUCCACCGGAUGCUGCGCGACGUCUACGAGUUCAAGACGUUUGCAGAAUGGAUGGUUCUCCACAAGGCGAAUGCGGACAAGAUAGUUGAACGACAUGGUUUUAUGGCCGGGCUUCGAUACGACAUCCACGUCCGCGCCAAUGCGUUUGCGUAUCGGGUCCAGACUGAGGAGGGCGAAUCGAUGUCCGAUAUCUCGAUCCUCAGAGAAGACAUCAAGGAAGAUGCGUUUUGUCGGUCCCGACGAUUCGACGAACUUAGAUCCCGUGAUAAUCCGUAUCUGCCCGGCGGAUCCAGGCACGGUUAUGACCCGAUCUCCGGUGAGCGUAUCACCCUCCUUCCCGACCCUCAUCAGGAUGAAGAACCCACUAUAACGACUAUUCAAGAUCGGCCUAGGAAACGGCUCAGUAGUAGCGACAGAUUCGCUAAAAAUCCUAGAUAUAAGGGCAGAUCUUUCGACCCUAACUUCAUCCAUAGGAAUGAUAAGCGCAGGGGUAGAAAUCGAUCCUCUAGAUCUGAUAGUAGGACUUGUCCUUGAGCUCUUGUUUGCGAUUCUUUCUAUCGGAAUCAUACUGGGUUUUGUUUACCUUAAGUUGUUUGGACAGUUUGUGAUAUUUGAUUGAUUAUAUUGAAGUGUCUCUUCUGAUACCCAGUGUCUAAUGAUGAUCAAUCCUGAUGAGUCUAAUGAAUUGAUCAAAAUAAAUUCCAA